ACUCUUGGCUGAAAAAUGAAACUUUGGUAUCUCACCUGCGUCCUCCUGGCCAGCUUUGCAGUUAUUUGGGCCGCCAGCGGAGAGGAGGAGUCCGAGGAGCAGGAAGAAAGUGAAGCUACGAAGCUGCCAAGGCAACAGCAUGACCAGGGAUUCAAGAUCGUAUCCUUCGAUGCCGUGGGUAAGAAUAUUGCUCUGGGCCUGGACUAUCUGGUGCCUUUUCUGGAGGUUCCUGUCAAACGAAAGCGAAAUGCACCACCAAAGCCACUUGUGAUUAUAAAUUCCGCUGCCUUGCUUAGCUGUGGCCUUGUGGCCGCCGGGGGCAUAUUUGUGGGUCAUCUGAUACGCAGCUUGGGUCUGGAGGCCAUCACAGGAGAUGCUUAUCGUCCCAUUUUCGGAAAUUCCAGUAAUCACAAGCCAAAAUCCUCCGAGGAAAUGACGACUAACACGAUGGCCCCACAAGCUUCUAAUAAUGCCACUUCUCGUGGGUUCUUCGAAGACGAAUAUAGUCUUCCAAAAAUAUUUGAAAACUUCAAGUUGGUUUACAAAAAUGAAACUGGUGAUCGUGUGGCCACUAGCCUUCCAAAUAUUUUGAACACCAUUGAGAGAACAUUUCUCAAAAACGAUGUGGAUCUCUCCACCUGCCUUCUCAAAUCCAUUUGCACUUUGACCCGCAAGGCAGGCGACAAAGUUCGCCAGGGCCAGGCUACGGAUAUGGAGCACUUGCUGGAUAAUGCCACCAGUUGGUCCUGGCUGUUGUCCUGGCUGGAACAGUCUGCCUUUCGAGAGGCCAUCGAUGCAGGAAAGGUUUCUGGGCCCCAUCACUGCUCUGUCAAAUAUCCUGAAUGCAAAUGGGCAGUCCCCGAGGACAAAAUUGAGGAGCUAGUGCGCAAUAAUGUUCAAUUUAAAUAGGAACCUUGGCUGAAAACAUUUACCUUUUAUACUUACUUCUUCCUAAAUACCAUAGCUUCAAAAUUAUAUUUAUUUCGAUCGA